UUUCAUUCUGUUGCCAUUCCCUUGAGACAUAAAAUAUCAAUACUAGUAUAAACAGUCUAUAUCUACGAUGUCAUUCACCAGCAUCCCGAUCCUAGAUCUCUCCCUGGCCCGCGAUCCCGCCACAAAGUCGCAACUACUAACCGACCUCCGCCAUGCUCUUCUCGAAGUCGGCUUCCUCUAUAUCAAAAACACAGGGAUUCCACCUAGCCUCAUCUCGGAGGUGAUCUCACUCGGCAAAUCAUUCUUCGACCUGCCCGAGGACAAGAAACUCGAGAUCGAAAUGAAAAACGCCCCCUCUUUCCUCGGCUACAACAAACUGGGCAUGGAAAUCACGCGCUUCAAGACAGACUGGCGCGAGCAGAUCGAUCUGUCGACGCCUCAUCCUGUCCCUGGCCCGAACGACCCUUUAUAUCGUAACUUGCUGGCUCCGAAUCAAUGGCCCGACCCAGAUGCCCUACCCCGGUUCAGGGAAGUUUAUGAGGAGUACAUGACCCGCAUGGGGGACAUGAGCAUGGAAUUCACCAGCCUCAUCGCCGAGGCCAUUGGACUGCCCACCGACGCAUUCGCACAGUUCUUUGACGAGGCGCAGCAGCACAAGCUCAAGAUUGUCAAGUAUCCGGACCUUGCGGAAUUGGGUGUUGAGGGCGAAGCCCAGGGCGUAGGGCCACACAAAGAUAGCAUGCUGACCAGCUACCUUCUGCAAGCGAGUCACCAUCGCGGCCUGCAGGUGCAGAACGCGGAUGGCAAAUGGGUCGAUUGUCCGCCUAUUGACGGGACAUUUGUCGUGGCGAUCGGCCAGGGAAUGGAAGCACUCACACAAGGCGUGUGCCAGUCGACGACGCACAGGGUGCAGAGUCCAGCGCGCGGAUCAGGAGCACGGUAUAGUAUACCGUUCUUCCAGGGCGUCAGUUACGACGCCACGUUCGAGAGUAUGGAUGUGCCGGAAUCGGUGAAGAAGUUGAGAGCGGACAUCCUCGAGAGGAGAGGCGGGCAGAGGCUCGAUGAUAUCGAGUUCACCUUCAUCAAGGGCUUGUGGAGCAGGCUCGGCGAGGCGACGCUGAUGAACAGGAUCAAAAGCCAUCCAGAUGUCGGGGAAAGAUGGUAUCCCGAAUUGCUGAAAAAGAUCCGAGAGGAUCAGGCCGACGAAGCGGCCAGAUUUGCUGCAAAGGAAGCCGCUUCGUCGAUAUCCGCGUCAAUACCUGCACAGCCGCAGUCGAUACAGGCGCACUGUUCGGCUGGCAGCUUAACUUACGAAUAAAAUACUGAAUCCAAGCCGAAGGAAUCGUCCUGCUUUAAGAGGAGACGUACAUUCGAUAUUGUUGUAUCCGUAGACUGCUGCCAAUUAAAUGAUACCGCUUGGACGGCCAUCUAGGCAGUCUUUGAGGGUCGCCUCGACCCUUAGGGGCUGUCCAAGCGUGGUAUGUCUCUCACCAUGGGCAACCUGCU